GUUUGCAUGCGAUGAAUGGUUUCCUUACCAAGGUUUCAGAGUAUAAUAUAACUGUUGCUUCCUAUCAGCGUUUUGAUGAAGACCCAUCAGACAGUCAGAUUGAUGAAUAUCUGCGUAUUAUCAAGAAAUCAGCGAGAAUUGUGUUUAUGUGUGCAGAGAAAAAUAAUUUCCGUAACAUAAUGUUACGAGCUCAUCACAGCGACAUGACCGGCGGAGAUUAUGUCUUUAUUGAUUCCAACUUUAAAUCGAAUGACAACUUAUACCGAUACAGGGUGUGGUACAAGAACGAUUCCAAUGACGUCAUAUCACGAGAAGCAUUUCGUCACGUUAUUCAUGUAACUCAAGUUAGAUGGUAUGACGAGUCCAGCAAACAAAGACACUUGGAGCUAUAUAGAGCAAUACCACAAAAGAUGACUGAGAUGCCCUGGAAUGACUCCAUAGCACUUGAUGAGGGCAUAUUACCGUCGACGUCCUCUCCUACUCUGCAUGAUUCUAUGUACCUUACCGUUCUAUGGUGGGAACAUUGCUAUAAUAACGGUCUGGAUCAUCGGAACGGAACAGGGCUGUUCGAGUUCACAAAUAACCUUACUUAUAAUGGUACAAGUGGUAGGAUUCACUUUGACGGUAAUGGAGAUAAGCAGCCCAUGUUCUGGGUAGAGGACCUGAAGAACACGAGCGACGAUUCCAGGAUCUUUGCCAUUGUAGAAACGUACCUGGAGAAGUCAGAGAUGGUGACUAUCUGGCAUGACCCGUUAUGGGCGACACCUGACGGGAAUCCACCCCCGAGCAUUCCGCUGUGUGGCUUCGCUAAUGAAUUUUGUCCACCGAGUAUCGAAGACAAUACCAUAAAGAUCAUCGUCUCUCUCUGUGGGAUCCUCGUAUUUAUUAUCGCUGUCAUCACCACGGGAUUUUAUAUCAGAAAAAGGAAUUAUGACACGCAGAUUUUAAAGAUGGCCUGGAAAAUCAAUUUCAGUGACAUCAACAUGAAAAGAAAAAAACGUGGAAUUGGGAGUCAGCUGAGUGCAUUAUCUCUGGCUGACCGUGAAUGCAGUAGUAUUGUUACUAAUAACCAGAAUUUUACACAAACGGCGGAGUAUAACGGUCAGACUGUGGCUCUCAGAAUCAGCCCCCUGUCGACAGUCCAGCUUUCUAUGACAGACCUGGUGGAACUUAGAGCGAUGCGAGACUUCAUUCAUCCCAAUGUGAACCCAUUUAUCGGAGCCUGUAUCGAAUCCCCUGAUAUCUGCUUCCUAUUUUUGUAUGGCUCCAAAGGAAGCCUCCAGGAUGUGUUGGAAAAUGAUGACAUCAAAUUAGAGUGGGCAUUCAAAGUCGCAAUUCUGAAGGACAUUGCCAUGGGAAUGCACUAUAUCCACCUAUCAGUCUUGAAGUCACACGGAAGACUGAAGAGUUCCAACUGCAUCAUUGACAACAGAUGGACGGUGAAAAUAACCGACUAUGGCGUAUCUACAUUCUACGAAAAUAAGAAACUGGCAAACAUCAAGCGAAUGGAGGAUUUCAAGGAUUUGUUAUGGAGUUCUCCGGAAAUCCUGAAGUCGGACGACAUUCGCUCCAGGAAUGGGACGCGGACUGGUGAUGUCUACAGCUACGGUAUCAUACUACAUGAGAUUUUCUACCGCUGUGGACCAUUUCCGGUCGCAGGAAAGACACCGAAAGAUAUAAUUUUGGGGAUAUACAAUGGUCAUUCCUAUAAACCGGACAUCGAUAACUCCGAUGACAUCAGGAUUCAGAUGGUGAGGCUGAUGAAGAUGUGCUGGGACGAUGACUGGCAGCAGAGACCGGAUUUCACGAAUAUUCUCAGAUCCAUCCGCGAGAAGAACAUAGAGGCGAGUGUGAGUAUAAUAGACAACAUGAUCAACAUGCUGGAGAAGUAUGCCAACAACUUGGAGGACCUCGUGGAAGAGAGGACGGUCGCACUGAACGAAGAAAAAGAGAAGACAGAUCUUCUCUUAAAUCGGAUGUUACCCAGGCUUGUGGCCGAGAAAUUAAAGAGAGGGGAAUCAGUUGAUCCUGAAACUUUCGAAGCAGUUACAAUUUUCUUCUCGGACAUCGUAGGAUUUACCACCAUCGCAUCUAAAAUCACAGCAAUAGAUGUCGUGCAAUUCCUCAACGAGAUUUACACGUUAUUUGACGAUAUCAUCUCUACUUUUGACGUAUAUAAGGUGGAGACAAUUGGCGAUGCUUAUAUGGUAGUCAGCGGUCUGCCGGAGAGGAAUGAAAACGCCCACAGUGGUCAGAUAGGUAGCAUGUCUCUGGCCAUACUGAAACAGCUCAAACAAUUUAAAUUGAAGGCAAUACCAGAACAAAAAGUUAUGGUCCGCAUAGGACUACACACUGGCCCAGUAUGCGCAGGCGUUGUAGGACAGACGAUGCCAAGGUACUGUUUGUUCGGCGACACCGUGAACACAGCUUCCCGGAUGGAGUCUAAUGGAGAAGGUGGGAAAAUACACAUCACACAGAUGACGAGAAGUGCACUGAUGAGUCUUGGAGGGUAUGAGAUAGUAGAUCGAGGAAAUAUUCCGAUUAAGGGAAAGGGGGAAAUGUAUACUUACUGGUUGGUCAACAAAACAGACACACAUCCUCAAUCAUCAUCACCGUCUAACUUGGACCAGCAUCGCCCACGUAGUUUUCCCAGUCACAUGAGGCCAUUGCACAGUGAAGUAGACGAAACGGAUGGACUCUCAAUAGAGGAAAGGGGACAUUUCUGACUCUGUAAAUGUCGCUUAAUGUAUCACCGAUCGACAUCUUGCAUUAAAGGAAAAUCUAGUCUGACAAUACAAUGAAAAUAUGAACGUUUGAAAUGAGGAUGUCUAGUUUAUUUUUAUAGUCUUCAGUUCCGUCCAUCUGUCGUUAUAGAUAUUAAAUAGGUUACUCGGU